AUGGGCGAUGCCGAGACUGAAAGUGAUUUGAGUUGCUCGUCAGGAACAAAAGUUGAAUGGGUAGAAAUUGUGGAGCCACAGACUCGGCAACACAUGUAUGCAAAUCUUCGGACGGGGCAAUGUGCUUGGGAACCACCUCCCGGUGUUCCAGUCAAGAAAACAGCAAAUAAUCAGUGGUGGGAAUUAUUUGAUGGUAAUUCCCAGCGUUUUUAUUACUAUAAUGCUACUACAAUGAAAACAGUAUGGCAAAAACCUGCAGGAUGUGACAUAAUACCGCUUGCGAAACUUCAAACUCUAAAAGAAAAUACAGAACUUCAUUCCAAUGUGCAGUGUGAUGACAAGUGCUCAGUUAUCGAAAGAACGAAGACAACGAAACGGAAUAAUGAAACACAGACAUCACCGAAAGAUGAACGAAGAUCUGGCAGUAAUCGUAGCUUAUCUAAUACAGUUUUCGCUCAAAAUGUUUCUCCGGAAUCAGGAAUUGUAGCAACUAGGAAGCUUAGCUCUCCGCUUACAUCCACAUCUAGGAGAUUGUGUCAAGCAUCGCCUUCAAUGCAAGUUUCACCUGGCUACAUUGAACCGCUACUUAGCAAUGUUCAGGAUAUGCAUAUCUACUCAGAUCGGGCACGAAAUGUGCCUUUCCUUCCUCCUGUUUCAUUUAUUCCUCGAGAUAACUCAUUUGAAAGCCAUUCUAUAUCACUGCAUCAGCCGCAAACAGUAAUGUCAACUCGUACUACUUCAUCCGCAUCAACGAAUAUUUUACCAUCUAUCAUUCAGUCAUCAACUCGUAGCUCCAGUUCUUCCCUUGCAAUGAACAGUAAUCGCAUUCCUCUUGAUAAUGGUACAGAGUUGAAAAAAUGUCAUACUUCGGUCUCAAGUUCAAAAGUUCGGGAUCAUAAUGAUAUCUCUCAUGGGUCGCUUAAUUGCUGGACAAAGGAAUCUAUCAAACAACCAGUUUCUGGCAAUAUGGAAGACAAACAUGUGAGAAAAGAAGCAUCAAAUAUGUUCAAAGUCAUCCAAUGUUAUAUGGGUGAUCGAAAAAGUAAAACUUCGAAUGAUCAGUUGGCACUUACAUUAUGUGAAUGGGGUAUUUCGAAAGAAAGUUUAGCUGAUGAACUUUUUUGUCAGAUUUUAAAGCAGUUGACGGGUAACGAACGAUUUGAUUCGAUACGACGUGGAUGGGAGUUGCUUGCUAUUUUUUUGUCUUUUUUUUCUCCAUCGAAUCCAGAAAUAGCUCAUAAAUUAACUGAAUUUAUUGAAGCAAAUUCUGAUCGGUUGUUGGAUAUGCCUGAGGUACCCGUUUCUCAUUAUGCCGUUCAGUGCAGUAGACGUUUGAUGCGUCUAUCAACUACUCGACCAAAACCAGCCCUUAGUUUAAUUCAAGAAUCUCGUGUCCAUAUUUUUAACCCAUCGCAAUUUUACGCACCUCUGGAAGAAUUGAUGGAGAUGCAAGCCGACAAAUAUCCUGAAAGGAUUUUACCUUGGCUAGAAACAACACUAAUAGACUUGAUUUUAUCUGCUGAUGGGCAGCACACAGAGGGUCUUUUUCGCGUACCAGCUGAUCCGGAUCACAUUCAUACAGCAAGGCUGCGUCUUGAUCGAGGACUUAUACCAGUCGUUCGGGACGCUCAUGUUCCAGCUGCAUUACUGAAAUCGUGGUUACGUUCUUUGCCAGAACCACUUCUACCAGAUACGUUUUAUCAGCGCUCUCUGUUAGUAUGUGAUCAACCUGAAGAAGCAUGCCGCAUAGUUGAGCUGCUUCCUAGUGUGAACCGUUUAGUUCUAGCAAAAUUACUAGAGCUGCUUCAGUUACUGGCAGAAGAAGAAACAGUAAAAUGUACAAAAAUGGAUGUGUGCAAUUUGGCUAUGGUAAUGGCACCUAAUGUUCUACGAUGUGUAAGUGACGACCCACGUAUUAUUUUUGAAAAUGCUCGUCGGGAAAUGGCUUUUCUGAAAACUCUUAUUUUAUAUUAUGAUACUUCAUAUAUACGCUCCAUUACCUGA